CGGGGCUGGUUGUAACAGGGGCAGGUUGUAACAGGGCGAAUAGUUCCACGACCAGCCACAAGAGCGUAUCAUCGUUUCAGCCAUCAAGGCACAUUAUGAUGCCUUCAGUGCGAGUGGUAACACUGUGGCAGUCGGACGAUUUCACUGGCGACAAGAAGGAAAAAUUUGUUUUUGGACGAGAUGCGUAACUACAAAAGAAAAACCGACAAAGGAAAAUAUUCUAUUGACAUGUUGGAGAAAGCAGCUGAAGUUGUAAGAGAAGGAAGAUCUGUUAGGCAUGCUGCGAAAACGUACAACAUCUGCCAUGUGACACUUGGGAGGUACAUAAAAAAGAAAAACAAACGUUUAAAUGCAGUCGAUAUUAAUUUUCGAGAGGAGUGGAAACCUUUGGCUGGUUAUUAUGGGAACAGACAGGUAUUUACACCUUUGCAAGAGAUCGCUCUUGUUUCCUACAUAAAAACAUGUUCUGACAUAUAUUUUGGACUCACUCCACGUGAUGUACGUCAUCUUGCAUUCUUAUGUGGGAAGAAGUAUAAUGUUCCCAUGCCAAACACAUGGAGUGACAAAGAACUAGCAGGUGCAGAUUGGCUCUCUUCCUUUUUAAAGCGCCACCCAGACCUUUCCAUUCGGACUCCAGAGGCAACUAGUUUGGGAAGGGCUUCUAGUUUUAAUCGUGCCAACGUUUCCAAAUUUUUUGACAAACUCUCUGAAGUUUAUGAUCGCCAUUCUUUCACAGCUAAUGACAUUUGGAAUGUAGAUGAGACCGGGGUCACUACUGUCCAGAAUCCUUCAAAAAUCGUAGCAAGAAAGGGGGUAAAACAAAUUGGAGCAAUGACAUCAUCUGAACGAGGGCAGUUAGUUACUCUAACUGUAGCAGUAAAUGCUGCUGGAAAUGCUAUCCCUCCUAUGUUUAUUUUUCCUAGGGUAAGGUAUUAUGAUCACUUCAUCAGAGAUGGUCCAACUGGAUGUAUAGGUGCUGCAAAUAAGUCUGGCUGGACUACGGAGGUAGAGUUCUUGCUUUUUCUUAAGCAUUUUGUUUCUUGUAUUCGUUCGAGCCCAGAGAAACCUAUCCUCCUCCUUCUAGACAAUCAUCAGUCGCAUUUAGCUCCUGACUGUUUAGAUUUUGCCAAAGAAAAUGGCAUUGUAAUGCUAUCGUUCCCACCUCACUGCACUCAUCGCCUUCAGCCACUUGAUCGAAGUGUUUUUGCCCCACUCAAAAAACAGAUCAAUACGGCAAUGGAUGCAUGGUUGAGGAACAACAAAACACCAGAGAGCACAGUUAAGCCUAUGUCAAUCUAUGAUAUUCCCUCAAUCUUAAAGAUAGCUUUUCCCACUGCCACAACGCCAAGAAAUAUCCAACAAGGAUUUGAGAAAUGUGGAAUACAUCCUUAUAAUAGGGAAAUAUUUCAGGAUGCCGAUUUCGCUCCUUCGUUUGUGACAGACAGGCCUGAUCCAGACUUAGCACCAAGUUGUUCACACGAUGUGUUCAGGGAUUCACAAGGAACACCAGUUCAAUCAUUUUCUAACUGUUCCCACACACCAGAGAAGUUUUCUCCAGAAGUGGUUCUACCUCUUCCUAAAGUCGCUCCAAGGAAAAGGAAAGGAGGAAGAAAGACCAGGAAAAGUGCCAUUUUGACGGAUACUCCAGAGAAGAAAGCCAUUGAAGAAGAAUUUGCGAAACGAGGAACACCAGGCUUGAUUAAGAUAAAAGGGAAUGUAUCACAAACGCGCAUGCCUGCAAAAUCCACGCCCAAACGUUCUCUAAAACGAAGAUCAGCAGAGUGCAGCUCAUCAGAGGAAGAAAGCGAGUGCUUUUGUUUAGUGUGUUUGGAAUCAUUCUCUACAAGCAAACCAGGAGAGGAGUGGGUUCGUUGUCUAAACUGCCAGUUAUGGUCGCAUUUUUCUUGUGCAAAAAAAUCUAAAAUGUAUAUUUGUCAUAAUUGCCAAUCAGAUGAAAUCUCUGAGUGAGGACCACUGUUCAUUUAAUAUUUGACAAACUGAAGUUAAGCAAGUGAAAAAAUAAUAAUUUUUGUUGAAAUAUAUUGUAUAAGUAGUAAUUUGUUAUAAGUAAUCCCAGUAAAAAUUAUAUUUUACCUUGUAGUAAUGUUGUUACAACCUACCCCAAUGUGUGUUACAACCAGCCCCGCCUCGGGGCAGGUUGUAACACUUUACACUUCCGAGGUUUUAGAUUUGUACAGAAAAAUAUGCUAGAGGAAAAUUUAUGUAAAAAUUGUUUUGUAAAAGUAGAAUAACUACUGAAUAAGUUAGCUCAGUCAGAAGUGCCGUUUAUGUUAUCCAUGAUCAGAUAAAAAAUAAAAUAGCGAAACUGUUACAACCAGCCCCGG